AAGAAAUAAAGACAGCCAUGAGGAAGUUGGUCAGCAGAUAUGUUUUAUGUAAAGAGAAGCGACCCACAUCAAGAAACAGCAGAAGAGAUGGAGAAAGAAAAUAGCACACUGGUGACAGAAUUCAUCUUCCUUGGCCUGACCCAGUCUCCAAAUAUUCAGCUCCUAGUCUUUGUGUUGAUCUUAAUUUUCUAUCUCAUCAUCCUCCCUGGAAACUUCCUCAUCAUCCUCACCAUCAAGUUAGACCCUGGCCUCUCUGCUCCCCUCUACUUCUUUCUGGGCAACUUGGCCUUCCUGGAUGCAUCCUACUCCUUCAUUGUGGCUCCCAGGAUGCUGGUGGACUUCCUUUCUGAGAAGAAGGUAAUCUCCUAUAGAGGCUGCAUCACUCAGCUCUUUUUCUUGCAUUUCCUUGGAGGGGGGGAGGGUUUACUCCUAGUUGUGAUGGCCUUUGACUGCUAUAUCGCCAUCUGCCGGCCUUUGUACUACUCAACUGUCAUGAACCCUAGAACUUGCUGUGUAUUGCUGUUGGCUCUGUGGUUUGGAGGCUUUAUCCACUCCAUUAUUCAGGUGGUGCUCAUCCUCCGUUUGCCCUUCUGUGGCCCAAACCAGCUGGAUAACUUCUUCUGUGAUGUGCCGCAGGUCAUCAAGCUGGCCUGCACAGACACCUUCGUGGUGGAGCUCCUGAUGGUCUUCAACAGUGGUCUCCUCACCCUCCUGUGCUUCGUGGGGCUUCUGUCCUCCUAUGCGGUCAUCCUCUGCCAUGUACGUGGGUCGGCUUCUGACAGGAAGAGCAAGGCCAUGUCCACGUGCACCACCCACGUCAUUAUCAUAUUUCUCAUGUUUGGACCUGCUAUUUUCAUCUACACUCGCCCCUUCAGAACCUUACCAGCUGACAAGGUGGUUGCCUUUUUCCACACAGUCAUCUUUCCAUUGAUGAACCCUGUAAUUUAUACCCUUCGCAACCAGGAAGUAAAAUCUUCUAUGAGGAGGUUAUUGAGUCGGCAUGUGGUUUGUUGA